AUGUUACAAACAUUUCCUAACACACACAGACAGAGAAAAGUGCACAGUGGGCUGCCGAGACAAAAAUCAGAAAUAAUCACAUUGACAACAAACGGGAGGAGGACUCCAAAUCCUUGUGGCAAACAAAACAUCGGAAAUGAGCAGCAGCCAACCCUGUGUCUUAUUCUUAUUCUUAUUCCAUUCAUUAUUCUACUUAUUGGCUCAUUAGAUACGUUUUUUAUUUUGUCCUGCUGUAUACUGAAUUAUUUCGAAGAAUCUAUCUAUUCAGAAGAGCUAAUUGUAAAUUGA